AACCUGGUGGUGUGCAACACUCUCCUGUAGAUGAACAUCUUAUCAUGUUGUAAUGUGUGACACCAUCAGGAGCAGAACAUAGAUGUCACAUGAUCAUGGACAACAAAGCAAAGGAGUACAACAAAUGGAGCCAACCUGGCUGGCGAAUAGAGCAGAAGUAUUCCAACAAAGUUCUCAUUGGUAACUGGAUGGAGGAGAAACUACAGUUCACUCGACAGAGCAGGACAGCAAACAGCACGCAUCGGCUGGACUACAAACCUCGGACAGAGCACAAGCCAGAUGUCAUCGUCAGACGAGAAGCCCUGCGCAAAUCAGAGGGUCUCCCUGCCAGGCUGCUGCUCUCCCACCAUGGUACUCCCAGGUCACACUAUCUUGUCACCCUCUAUGAUGAGAUGUAUGGGCGUCGAAAUAGCACCAUUCUGCCCACUCUGCGCUCCUGGAACUCGGACAAACUGGCAUGGGUUCCUGAGAAGUCAGACCACCCAGUCAAAGUUCCUCCUACUAACUUUGGUCUGCUGGAAGCUUGGCAUGCUCAAAUACAGCAGCAGCAGGCAGCUGUGCCCACACUGAGUGUGUACCGGGCAACAUAUCCGUUGCACCCACUAAGUGCUUUCUGCCAGCCUCGCCAUGCCAGUGCACCACGUAUGCUCUCUGGCAGUCUACGUCCCACCUAUUGCAGCUCCGAAAAUCUGAAGCUGAAAAGCCAACCCUGCAAGCAAGUCCCCAAUAACACAUCCAGCCAGCCCCAACUGCCUUCAGUGUAGACUCUUUCAUCUCACCAGUACUCCACACAUCAACCACCACCCAUGGGGAAAAACU